UUCAGAAGAUGGGCUGUGUCUGCCAGGAUCCAAAUUAUGCAGAGGGAAGCAGUUCUUCAUUUCCAGUCUAAAACUCAGCACCAGCUUCUCCUAUCAUUUUUCUGCCGGUGGAAAAAUAAGUUUCUUUCCUUGAAGAAAAAACAGCACUACAGAACACUAGAGACAUUGAAAAGUGUGCAAAGAUGGAGAGCAGCCACCAGGGGGCGCCAAGCCCUUAAUUUACACUCAUCAUCUUCCGUUAAAGAGGCUUGUAACUACUGGACAAACGUUUCAUCAAUCUCAUUACACAGGCGCAAUCACCACGCAACAAUUGGAAGCAAAAAAAUGAAGAAAGUAAUUCUCUCUAUAGCUUUAACAAUCAGAGAACAGAGAGAGUUAGGCUGCAUCCGUCUUAAGUCUAACACUGAAUGGCUCCUGCAAAGUGCUUUUUGUAGCUGGCUGCUGACGUACAGGCGACAAGGAGCACAACCUGCACUAGCUGAUACAAAUACUUAUACAGACAGCAGCGGAGUUUACCUUACUGAGCACAACACGUCUCCUCCCUGUCAGGAGCAUGCAAGGGAGCUGAAUCACAAAGGCGGUCUCACAGAACGCAUGCACAAAUUUCAGCUCCGAUGUAAAAUUAAUGAAUUAAGGAAAACCUGGCUUCACUGGAAAGGGUUAUACAGCACCCAGUUAGUGUUACGUGAACUUGAGCGCCAGAGGUUGCUAAAGAACAGCUGGAACGUUUGGAGACGACGUUACCUCCAGAGUUGCACUACUCAGCAAGUUUUAGCGAGAGAGGAGAGGUGCCUUCUCUACCAGAUUUUCACAAAGUGGAGACAGAACACAAACAGAAGUAAAAAAAACAAAUACGGAUACACAGAACUUUGAAAAUAAAUCUGGAUUUGAACAAAUCUGCAAUAAUGUACAAUAAAUGUAUAGCCAGAAA